UAUAUAAACGAUCUCGAUAAAGUGCGAGAAGCUGUGAUCUGCAAACUAUUCCCUUCGAGCUUGCGCAUCCUGCGUCAUUCCGCAAGUGGAAUCCUGCGAGAUACGAAAGUUCACACAGGAAGGAUCCUCAGUGCAGAUUCAUCCUUUGCGGACUCCGUAGUACAACUUCAUAAAUCUCGUAAAUGAUAUUAAAGAAAUCAGACUAAAUUCGAUAUAAAAUCCGAGUCGAGUUAAUAAAAAUCCAAAUUGAAGCUGAAGCUCGGCGAGUUUACUCGCUGAAUCGCUUCGUAGGGAGAUUUAAAGAAGAUUUAAUUACGUUAACAAUGAUGUUGUUUCUGUUAAUCACUCUCGCGAGCAUCCAUUCGGGUUGGUCUCAACGUGAUUCUUCGAUGGAUGCAAAUUUAGCUAGAAACGCGGUGCAUACGAUUCCACUGGGUUCGGAGGUGACUUUUCAUUGGAGAGUGGAUCUAAUGAACAAGCAGGUGAUCGCAGAAGUUCAUUUUGUCGGUAAUGAUAGCAGCUGGUUCGCGAUCGGAUUUUCCGACUACGGAGAAUUAAAACCAGCUGAUUACUGUGUUUUAUGGUCCGACUGGCACCAACAAAUUCACUUUCAAGAUUCGUGGGCGGAUGUUGACGGGAAAUUACAUCUGGACACCCAGCAAGACUGCGAUAACUUUGCGUGGAGAAGACGCGGUAAUAUCACGAAAUUCACAUUCUCCCGCAAAUUCGAUACUUGCGAUGAGCAUGAUUAUAUCAUUGAAAGAGGCACAACGCACCUAGUAUGGCUUCGCGGUCGUGGACCGUUGUCGUCCUUGGCUGGUCUCGAGAUAUCAGAUGCGAAAGCAUCGGGUAUGUCUCGUACGGAGCUUCACAGGGUGUCCCAUAAAAAGCCCAAGUUCCCCACGAAUGCCUGGCAGCUCGAGUUACUCGCUCAUCGGGUUCAAGUGCCAAAGAAGGAGACUACCUAUUGGUGCCGUGUGCAUAAGUUGCCGUCAGCAUUAAGACAGAAGCAUCAUAUCCUACAAUUUGGUCCUGCUAUCCAAGCGGGUAAUGAACAUCUUGUACACCACAUGGAAAUCUUUCAUUGCGCCGGACCUGUGGAUUUAGAAGUGCCAAUGUACGAUGGACCUUGUGACGGAGCAGAUAGACCCGAAAAAACGCAGAUUUGCAAGAAGGUGUUGGCAGCAUGGGCGAUGGGUGCUGAUGCGUUUAUAUAUCCGGAAGAAGCUGGUUUAGCCAUCGGCGGAGCUGAUUUCAAUCCACAUGUCAUGUUGGAGGUACAUUACAAUAAUCCCGAGUUGCACCAAGGCGCUAUCGACUCUUCCGGAAUUCGAUUUAUUCUCACUAAAACACUCAGGAAAUACGACGCCGGUGUUAUUGAGCUCGGUCUCGAGUACACCGAUAAGAUGGCCAUACCUCCGCAACAGGAAGCCUUUAUGCUAUCCGGUCACUGUAUAACGGAAUGCACCGGAGUCGGAUUGCCUCAAAGUGGCAUUCGCGUUUUCGGCUCUCAACUGCAUACUCAUUUAACGGGUACCAAAGUUAUCACUCGUCAUAUAAGGAACGGCGAAGAAUUGCCACCGAUGAAUUACGAUAAUCAUUACUCCACACAUUUCCAGGAAAUCAGAUUGUUGCCAAAACCGGUGGUUAUCUUGCCUGGGGAUUCUCUGAUUACUACAUGCACUUACAACACUAUGAAAAGAGAUAACGUGACUCUCGGCGGCUUUGCUAUAUCCGAUGAGAUGUGCGUUAAUUAUAUUCAUUACUAUCCCAACGCGCAAUUAGAGGUAUGCAAAAGUGCCAUAAGCGACGAUGCACUAAGAACGUAUUUUCGUUAUAUGCGAGAAUGGGAAAGUCAAGGGACCAGUACGGAAAAGAGUAUCUCGGCGAAUUAUAAGAGCAUUGAGUGGACCAAGGUUCGCGUGGAAGCUCUUCACGAUCUUUAUGAAGCUGCGCCUCUAGGGAUGCAGUGUAACAGCUCCGAUGGUUCCCGAUUACCUGGUCUGUGGAAUAAUAUUGCGGCAACACCCGUUAGAUUACCUUUAUCACCUCCAAUCAGAGAUUGCCUGGGGACUUCAAUCCAACAAGAGAUUUCGGUUCAGAUGUGAAUAACGACUAAGUUAAAAAUUUAAGUUAUUCUAUUAUUCUGUUAUGUGAAACACAAGUAAUUAUAAUACUAAUCCAGCAUAUCAAAUUUAGCGUUACCUGUUGCUUCUUCGAAAUCUUCUCCAAACUCGCAAUAUUUACUCUCACAAAUUUGGUAGUGCCUCCUAAAAUAUUUGUUACAUGUUUAUAACAGGAUUCCGUAAAACUAAAACUUGACUAGUAUCCCAUCAAGACAAGAUGUAAAAAAAAAUCCCAAAAAUUGAUCGAUAUAAAAGUUUAUAAACCUUCAGUAUAUUUAUCCAAUUUAAGUGUUUGUUCACUUUUUGGCAGUACAGUACGCAUUUCGCUGCGAACAAGCUAGAUCAAAUCAACAAAUAGUUGUGACGAUAAUUGUUUCAUAUAUAUAUAUGUAGAGUAAUAAUAUUAAUAAUAAUACAAAUAAUAAUCGA